AAGAAUAACAAUACAACCCAACUCAAACUCAAAUUUUUUGUAAUAUGUAUGCUUAGAAGUCAAAAUCAAAUGUGUCUUUUAAACGUGAGAACCAUAUAAUCAGAUGAAGGGAAAGAAGUAGAGGACCAAAAUCUAUCUCAAAACUAGCACUACAGAAGAGAGGAACUUGAAAUCCAUUUCUGCAGGAUUAAGUAGAGAAUAAAAAGAACAGGCAGGCAAAGAAGAAAUUAGAUUCUACAGUGAUAUAAGUUGAUGGGUUUCGCAGCUACUAUUGGGAAAUACCAGCUUGGAAGAACCAUUGGUGAAGGCACCUUUGCCAAGGUUAAGCUUGCUCUGGACAGAGUUACCAAGCAGCAUGUUGCAGUCAAGAUCAUCGAUAAACAGAUGGUUUUGGAUAACAAGUUAAUGGAACAGGUAAAGAGUGAGAUUAGUACAAUGAAACUGUUGCAUCACCCCAACAUUGUCCGAAUUUAUGAGGUUAUUGCCACCAAGACUAAGAUCUUCAUAAUAAUGGAAUACGUUUCCGGAGGCCAACUCUCAGAGAAGUUGUCGUAUCUCAAAAAAUUCGACGAAAAGGAAGCUAGGAAAUACUUCCAGCAAUUGAUCGAUGCUGUGGACUAUUGUCAUAGUAGGGGUGUAUAUCACAGAGAUCUCAAGCCUGAAAACCUGCUAUUGGAUGGACAAGGAAAUUUGAAAGUCUCAGACUUUGGACUCAGUGCAUUGAGAAAGCCUGGUGAUUUGCUAUCGACGGCUUGUGGAUCUCCAUGCUAUGUAGCUCCUGAGGUAAUAGCAAACAAGAAGUACAAUGGAGCAACUGCUGAUAUCUGGUCAUGUGGAGUAAUCUUGUUCGAAUUACUUGCUAGUUAUCUACCCUUUGAUGACCGAAACCUGAUGAACUUGUACAGGAAGGUAAGUUUGGGAAGAGAUUUGAUUUCUUUGUAUGCAUAUAUCCAGAAUGCUGAUAUAUCUAUUGGUGCAAAGAUUUCCAGAGCAGAGUACACAUGUCCAGAGUGGUUUACAGCAACCCAAAGGAAACUACUUUUCAGAAUACUUGAGCCAAUGCCUAAUAGGCGGAUGACAAUAGCAGAGAUUCUAGAAGAUGAGUGGUUCCAAACUGGCUAUGAGCCUUCAGCAGGAAUUGAAUGUGAAAUCAACUUGGAUGAUGUCAAUGCAGCAUUUGAUGGGAUCGGGGGGAAAACCGCCGAGACAGGGAUGCGCAAAUCCUCAAGUUUCAUCAAUGCUUUCCAGCUUAUAGCAAUGUCCAGUGACCUUGAUUUGUCAGGUCUAUUUGAAAAGCAGGAUGAAGAUAAACAAAGAACAAGGCUUGGUUCCAAAUAUCCUAUCAAUGAGACUAUAGAGAAAAUUGAAGUUGCUGCAAAAGAUGUCAGUCUUUCAGUUGAAAGGAUGAACAUGUCAAAGGUGAAAAUUCAUCAAAAAAAGAAGCUCCCAAGAAAUUCUAGAUCAUAUUUCAACCUAUCAGCUGAGGUGAUUGAGGUGACACCCUCACAUUGUGUGAUAGAAAUAUCAAAUUCUGCAGGGGAGCUCACAGUGUACAAUGAGUUCUGCAAAAGCUUAUCAAAUCUGCUGAUGGAGAACUCCAAUUUAAAAUCAGAAUCAGAUAGGCCCAGACCAGUCAUUGUUGAUGGUAAAGAGAAUCAAUGCAGUUCUGAACCGGAAGGGAGCAAAACGGAUGAACAACUUUGUGGUUACUAUACCUCCUAACAAACCGUUCUCACUUCAGCUAAUUGUGAUUCCGGAUUGUUCAUAUACAACAAAUAUGUAUAGCGAAUUGCAGAACAACCCACUCUUAAAAUAAGAGAGAAAGAAAGAGAGAGUAUAUUAAGAAUAUGCCCGUUCACUCCAAUUGUAGUGUCUUUUUCAACCAGUAGCGUGUCAGCUCUGGCAUUAUUGAACGAAAGAGAUGCCGGGUUGGUGAAUUGCAAUAGGUAAUAGAUGUAGGGCCUGUCUUAACUGCAUUAAAGCAUUCAAGACGAUUCUUUUUUCUGGUGGGGGGAGGUUUGAUUUGUUUUACAUAGCUCUUUGCUUUCUCCAAUAAUAUUGGCAUUUUUUUUAAAAGAAUUUCAUUUGUAAAAUAAAUAUUAUAGAAAAGUCUAAUUGUAA